UGGUAUAAUCGUGUCCGCCAUUAAUAUCUUUAUAAGGUGGAGCAUCUACAAUCUACAAUACUUUUAAAUAAAAAUAGAAUCCCAUGUUAAAUUACAUUUUUGUUACUAAUGUGCGGUACUAUAGUGCAAUUAAUGUUCUUUGAUUAGCCUUUUUGUUUUCGAAUUUACAUAAACUUUUGUUUACAAAACAAAAUUGCUUUUUUUUUAAAUUGCACAACCCAUGAACCCAUUCUCAAAUAUAAAAUUGUCCAUUCCAGGACGGUGACCGUGUGUGUAGAGAUAAUUAAUGUGUAUACUUUAACGCAAUUGUAUACAUACUUUUUUUUGCUCACGAAAUAGUUCUGUUCUGAUUUUUGUUCUUGAAAAAAAGGAAAUUAGUGCUAAAUUGAAAAUCUAACUUAUUGUACUUAAUUUGAAAAGUAUAUGUACAUAUGUUAAUAAAAAUAAUCUUUAAAUUGUUCGCAAACAGAAACUUAAUUGAAAUCGAAGUUGAAGAAAAAUAUUGAAGCGGCCACAAAAUUGAUUCCUCUUCAAAUUCAAGCUUUCACAUAAUGGAAGAUCCCAAUCGAAUGAUGGCCCAUACUGGAGGUAUGAUGGCACCUCAAGGCUAUGGAAUGCCUGGACAAGACGAUGGUACAAAUGCAGGUGGUAAUGAAAAUGAAGUUCGUAAACAGAAGGAUAUUGGCGAGAUUUUACAGCAAAUAAUGAGUAUUUCUGAACAAUCAUUGGAUGAGGCACAGGCAAGAAAACAUACAUUAAAUUGUCACCGAAUGAAACCGGCAUUGUUUUCCGUACUGUGUGAGAUCAAAGAAAAGACUGUCCUUUCUAUUCGUAAUACCCAAGAGGAAGAGCCUCCAGAUCCACAAUUAAUGCGUUUGGAUAAUAUGUUGAUUGCUGAAGGAGUUGCUGGUCCUGAAAAAGGCGGUGGUGGAGCUGCCGCAGCAUCUGCUGCAGCAGCAAGUCAAGUAGGCUCUUCACUUUCGAUUGACGGAGCAGACAAUGCAAUUGAACACUCAGACUAUCGUGCCAAACUUGCACAAAUUCGCCAGAUCUACCACCAAGAAUUGGAGAAAUACGAACAGGCUUGCAAUGAAUUUACUACUCAUGUGAUGAACCUUUUACGGGAACAAAGUCGCACAAGACCAAUUACUCCAAAAGAGAUUGAACGUAUGGUCCAAAUCAUACACAAGAAGUUCAGCUCCAUUCAAAUGCAACUUAAACAGUCCACGUGCGAGGCUGUUAUGAUUUUGCGUUCACGGUUCCUAGAUGCCAGACGCAAACGUCGCAACUUUAGCAAACAGGCAUCUGAAAUUCUAAAUGAGUAUUUCUACAGCCACCUAAGUAAUCCGUAUCCAUCUGAAGAGGCAAAAGAAGAGUUAGCCCGGAAAUGUGGCAUUACGGUCUCACAAGUUUCUAAUUGGUUCGGCAACAAACGCAUUCGCUACAAGAAAAACAUCGGCAAAGCUCAAGAAGAGGCAAAUCUCUAUGCAGCUAAGAAAGCAGCUGGUGCUUCUCCCUACUCCAUGGCCGGUCCACCUAGUGGAACCACGACGCCAAUGAUGUCACCUGCCCCACCACAAGAUUCUAUGGGCUAUUCGCUUGGGUCUGGGGGCUAUGAUCAGCAGCAGCCCUAUGACGGAAGCAUGGGUUACGACCCAACAAUGCACCAGGAUUUAAGCCCUUGAGGACGGUACUUUGAUGGGAAAUACUAAAAAAAGCCAUAUGGCAAUUCAAAUUUUAUUAUUUUGACUAUUCUACUUCAUAUUUUUUAUGUAUGUAUAUCAAACUUGGUGUAGUUUCGCAAUUUAAAUUUUAAGUUUCGUUUUAUGUGUCUUUGUUUAUGUUCAGAUUUUUUUCCUUUUGUGACAUUUUAUUGUUUAUUUUUUUACUUUUAUUCUUAAUCUUAGGCUAAGUGAAAAACGCAGCAGAUACGUAAUUAAAUUUUAAGGCACUUUUGAAAAUAUACUAAAAGAGAAUAAAUACAAAAUUAAUCCUAAGCAGUUAUUUACUCCAUAUACGUAUUAUAUGUAUAAUUAUCAUAAAAUAACAUAAACUUAAAUUUAGUAUACUCAAACAACUAUGAAACAAAGUAUAACGAUUUGGAGAAAUGUAUGUAUACAAAAAAUUAUAACAACAAAAAACAAACUGGUAUAAUAAUAUUUUUAUUAAGUUUAUUAUUUAAAUAAAUGAAAUAUCUUGAGAAAAGGAAAUACUACAAACAACGUAUACGAAAAGAAGUUGAAAAAAACUUAUAAAAUUGUUUUAUUUGUUAAAAAAUUAUACCUAUUUUAAUAGAUUAACUGAAAAUCUUGCCAGUAUUUAAAAGAAAAAGUUUAAUCAAAAAGAUCAUCCAAAAAAAUGUUUAGAUAAUUCUAUAUCUUAUCAGUUUUACGAAUAAAAUAACCCUAAUGAUGAAACACAAAAUAAAAGAAAACAUUUUAUUUAAAUUAUAUUGCACACCUCAUCUCAAAAUUAUCUGCAAUCGAUUCCAAAAGAAAAAAAAUCUGAACAAAACCAGAUGUUAUUACACACAAGCCCUGUUUUAUUAGGAACUGAGGACUUAGGUUAUUAAGAUUAUGCACUGUAAGCAACAGCAAACGAUGAAUAAAAUCAUUUGUUUGCUUUGGUUUGUAGAGUUAAGUUUUUGCUAAACUUAUAAUUUUUUUACUCUUCAACAACAAACAAUUCCUUUAAAUAAAUAAAAUCGUAUGUUGCUGUGUUUAGUUUUAAACAUUUAUUGAGUUGAGUACUAGGUUACUAAUAAAACAAGGCUAUAAAUUAACUAAAAAGAACAAAGUAUACUUACAAAAUGUAUACCUAUUAAAUAAAAUAUAUACGAACAUUUAACAAUUUGAUGCAAUAUGCUUUAGAAAAUAAAAAUUUACUAGCAUUAAAGUAUAUGUAGAUUAAAUUCUUAAGUUAAAUCAGUUGGUAUCAUUUAAACAAAUCAAUAAAUCUUUUAAUAAUAUAAACAAACAAAAAACUUGUAUACGACAAAGGAAAAAAAAAAAGAUAAUUAAAAAUACACUUCACUUUGCGCAUGCGCAUCUUAAAAGGUAAGAAUGUUAUUAUUUUUUGUAUUUCAAUGUGUAGAAUAUAUAUAUUACUAUUUCAUAAAACGAUAGCUAUACAGUCAAUAAGUCAAUAGUGGUGGAAGAAAACAAAUAGGCAAAAUAAAUCAUAAAAUAUAUCCUUUUUGAAAUUUAUAUAAGCAGCUUUAGCAAAACAAAAAUUAAAGGAAUUGGUUAUAAUACAAGAUAAGAAAAAAAUGGUAUACAAAUUAAAUAUGUACUUAAAAAUAAAAUAAAUUUAAAAUAAACUUA